GAAGAUCUGCAUUAAACAUGAUAAAGUGCUGGAGAUCUUCUGUCAUACUGACCAAAGCUUCAUCUGUUAUGUGUGUAUGGUGGAUAAACACAGAGAUCAUGACAUAGUCACUGCUGCAGAAGAAAGAACUGAAAAACAGAAGGAAGUGGUGAGCCAUUCCUCAUUCCAGAGAAAUGAAAGUCAGAGUUUCCCUCUCAUGUAUUCUGUCAGUGUGUGAGUUCAGGAAAAUGGCUGAGGCGAAUAUUUCAGUAGAUCAGGAUCAGUUCAGCUGUUCAGUGUGUCUGGAUCUCCUGAAGGAUCCGGUGACUCCCUCUUGUGGCCACAGUUUCUGUAAGGUGUGUAUUAAUGGCUGCUGGGAUCAGGAGGAUCAGAAGGACGUCUACAGCUGUCCUCAGUGCAGAGACACUUUCACCCCAAGGCCUGUUCUACACAGAAACAACAUUCUGGCUGAAAUGGUGGAGAAACUGAAGAAGACUGAAGUUCAAGCUGCUUCUCCUGCUCACUGUUACGCUGGACCUGGAGAUGUGGAGUGUGAUUUCUGCACCGGGAGAAAACACAAAGCCAUCAAGUCCUGUCUGGAUUGUCAGGCCUCAUUUUGUGAAACUCAUCUCAAACCUCAUCUUGAAAUUCCUGUUUUGAAAAAGCACAAGUUAGUGAAAGUCUCUGGAAAUCUACAAAAGAAGAUCUGCUCUGAACAUGAUAAAGUGCUGGAGAUCUUCUGUCGUUCUGACCAAAGCUUUAUCUGUUAUCUGUGUAUGAUGGACAAACACAGAGGUCAUGACACAGUCACAGCUGCGGAUGAAAGAAUUGAAAAACAGAAUGAGCUACAGGAGGAGCAGCUGAAAUUCCAGCAGAGACUCCAGGAGAAGCUGAAGAAGGUGCAGGAGCUGAAACAGGCUGUGAACACUAUAAAGCUCAGUGCAAAGAUAGCAGUGGGGGACAGUGAGAGAAUCUUUACUGAGCUGAUCAGCUCCAUGGAGAAAAAGCACUCAAAGGUGACGGAGAUGAUCAGAGCUCAGGAGAAGGCUGAACUGAGUCGAGCUGAACGACUCCUGGAGCAACUGGAGCAGGAGAUUAAUGAUCUUCAGAGGAGAGUCACUGAGAUGGAGAAGCUUUCACACACACACGAUCACAUCCAUUUCCUCCAGGAAAUAAAGGCUUUAGUCUCUGGUCGUCGCUCUCCUCCAUAUGUCAGACCAGAUUUUCAGUCUGAUCUCUGUGAGGAUUCAUCCAUCAUCACUUUCAAUCAACAGCUCUCAUUUCAGAGAGUGAGGAAAUCUCUCUCUGAUCUGAAAAAGAGACUCGAGGAAAUCUGCCAGGAGGAAUUCAUCAAAAUCCCUGAACAUGUUGAGGACAUUCAGAUUUUACUUUCAGAACCAAAGAGCAGACAAGAGUUUCUAAAAUAUUUCUGUGAUCUGACUCUGGAUCCCAACACAGUAAAUCAUCACCUCAUUCUGUCUGAGAAGAACAGAGCAGUUACGUACAGUGAAACGAUGCAGCGAUACUCUGAUCAUCCAGAGAGAUUUGACUGCUACAGUCAGGUUCUGAGUAAGGAGAGUGUGUGUGGACGCUGUUACUGGGAAGUGGAGUGGAGCAGUCAGAGAUACGUGUUAAUAUCAGUCUCAUAUAAAGUCAUCAGCAGGAAAGGUCGGGGUAUUGAGUGCUGGAUUGGAGGCAACAAUCAGUCCUGGAGUCUGGAAUGUUCUCCUACUUCUCUCUUCUUCUAUAACAACAACAUUAAGACUGAUCUCAGAGUUCCAUCACCCUCCAGAAUAGGAGUGUAUGUGGAUCACAGUGCAGGAAUUCUGUCCUUCUACAGUGUCUCUGACACCAUGAAGCUCCUCCACAGAGUCCACACCACAUUCACUCAGCCUCUAUACGCUGGGUUCUGGCUCUACUGGGAUGUUUUGUGUAAAUCAGAAUCAACUGUGAGGUUGUGUGAUCGAAAAAAAUAAUGUUUUUGUGGUGUUUUAUGUUCAGUAAUUUAAAACUCUAUAAACUUUUUGUGAUUAAUCAUUAAUUGUUUUCUAGGAUCAUCAGUUACUUAUAAAGGAAAAGAAACUUCUGAUGAAAUGAAAGUUCUGAUCAUGAUUUAUAAAAGUUUUCUGAUGUUUGAAAUUAUUGUAACAGAAUGUCUGAAGGUUCUAUACAGCCUCUAUUCACUGGUGUUUGUGUCUGGAAAUAUAAUAGUUAGUAAAAAUGGUAAUAAUGCUUUAGUUCGAAUUUUUAUACAAUUUAAUAAAUAUAUAAAAUGUAUAUGUAUAGUUCAGAAAUAUCAAAUUAUUAAUAACCUGUUAUAGCAUUAAGAGAUAUGGGUAAAUAUGGGUUGUUUUCAUUCGAAGAUAGCAUUUUUUUUUUUAACAAAUAAUCAAUACAUUUGUACACACUGUCAUUAUACACACACGAGUCCCUGACUGUACAAAUACUGAGGACUUGACAACCUGCUGUCAUUAAUAAACAUAUAAUCGAUAAUAAAGCUUUCUGGGAUUUUUCAGA